AGGGUUGAAAAAAAACAAAAAUUCGAGAAUGGAGAGGGGGAAGGAGACAUGUGCGUCAUGGAUCCGCCGGCCGGAGAACCGUGUGCUGGUCAUCGUAGGUCAGCCUAGGAGCGGCGCCUCACCGCCGUCCCUUGAGGUCUUCUCAUUCGAAUCCAAGACCGCCUCGCUAUCGAGCAAUCCCCUUGUAACGUUUGCGAUGGGAGAAGAGGAUGGGGAACCACUGGGCUUUGCAGUACAUCCCAGUGGAGAGGAGAUUGUUUGCUCUACAGCCAAUGGCUGCAAAUUAUUUGAACUGUUUGAUCGAGAUUUAAACUACAAGCUUGUUGCAAAAGAUCUUCCUCCCCUUCAGUCUAUUGGUCCUCAGAAGUGUCUUGUUUUUAGCACAGACGGUUCCAAAUUUGUCACUGGUGGACAGGAUGGGCAUCUUAGAAUUAUGGAGUGGCCAAGUUUGAAAGUUCUUUUGGAUGAACCGAGAGCACAUAAAUCCUUUCGAGAUAUGGAUAUCAGCUUAGAUUCAGAAUUCUUGGUUUCAACCUCUACUGAUGGUUCUGCAAGAAUAUGGAAAAUAAGUGACGCAGCUCCAAUGAUUUCUUUGGCCCGAAAUGCGGAUGAGAAAAUUGAAUGUUGCCGAUUCUCUAAGGAUGGCAUGAGACCUUUUCUGUUUUGCACAAUUCAAAAGGGAGGCAAGGUGGUCACCGCUGUUUGGGAUAUCAGUACGUGGAAUAGAAUUGGGUUCAAAAGGUUACUCAGAAAACCUAUCUCGGCACUUUCUGUCAGCUUGGACGGGAAGUACCUAGCAUUAGGCAGCAAUGAUGGUGACAUUUGUGUAGUUGAAGUAAAGAAAAUGGAUAUCUGUCAUUGGAGCAAGAAGCAUCAUCAUGGAACAGCGAUUUCCUCACUUGAGUUCUGCCCUUCAGAAAGAAUUGUAAUUAGCACAUCCAAAGGAGGAGCAGCGAUCACAAAGCUCAGUGUCCCUGCAGAUUGGAAAGAAUGGCAAAUAUAUUUGCUGCUUCUGGCUCUUUUCUUAGGCUCGGCUGUGGUAUUUUACUUGUUUCAUGAGCACUCCGAUUCAUUCUGGAAUUUCCCCCUCGGAAGAAAUCAACCAGGUAGACCCUAUCUGAGAACUGUUUUGCAUGAUGAUUCUCAGCUAGCAGAUGAGCAGAGCCCCUGGUGAUUUUGGUGGAGCUAUCUUGCAGUUUGCUUCCUGACAACACAGCCUGAUGCAGCUGAAAGGCUGAUUUACUUUUUUCAUAAAUGUUAUAAAUUAAAAUAAUCGAUGCAAAAUGCUCAAAUGUAUUGUUAUAUAU